CCACGCCCCACAUUCAAUAAAGUCACAACCAAAGCAUAAAAAGGCACAGAGAGACCCUCUUUCUGCCAUCAUCUCAUUCCCUAAUUUCCACCUCUUUCUGACUUCUCUGCACAGCAAUGGGCUCAAAUAAUGCAACUUUGGGGUUCUCAUUCACCUUGGUGUUGCUGCUGGCUGGCUUUGGCAGCUCAAACUUGGACCAAGACAGAGCAGAAUGUGCAGACCAGCUAGUCGGGCUCGCUACAUGCCUUCCAUAUGUUGGUGGUGAUGCCAAAGCUCCCACUCUGGACUGCUGCACUGGCCUCAAGCAAGUCCUGCAGAAGAGCAUGAAAUGCCUCUGCAUCCUGAUUAAAGACAGAGAUGAUCCCAGUCUUGGCCUCAAGAUAAACGCAACGCUUGCUUUAAGCCUCCCCACUGCCUGUCAUACACCAACCAACACAACUGAGUGUAUUUCUCUUUUGCAUCUGGCACCUAAUUCAACUGAUGCUAAAGUAUUUGAGGGAUUCUCAAACAGCACCAAAGGGAGUACACCAGUUGCCAGUGCUAAAGGGAAUUCCACCAGCAGUGGAUCAAGUGCUGCAGAAAACAGUGAUGCUGGGGUGAGAAAGAGAUGGUUGGGAGCAGAGAUGGUCUGUGGGAUUUUAGUAUGGUUUUUCACAUCAAACCAACCUUUCUAUGUUUGAUAAAAUUGUAUGCUCCCCCCCUAUUUUGGUCAUUAUUGUAUUUUAUUUGAUCAGAUGUAUGUUAUACUAGAUCCCCCUUUUUCUUUGUAGAAUUUUAUUUGCCAUAAAUUUUCCAACUGCACUGGACAUUCAAUGGAUCUGCAUGGAGCAAUUGGACUUAUUCCAGUGAUAAA